GAGGCUGCGGCCGCGGGUAGCGGUCUUGGCGUGUCCCACCUCCUUCCGCGUCUUCGCGCGGUUCCUCCUCGUGGGUUCGGGCCCAGCGGCUUUACCCCUCACCAUGGACUCCCAGAAAGAAGCUCUGCAAAGGAUCAUUUCAACUCUGGCAAAUAAAAAUGAUGAAAUACAGAACUUUAUUGAUACUCUAAAUCAUACACUAAAAGGAGUUCAGGAAAAUUCUUCUAACAUACUUUCAGAAUUAGAUGAAGAAUUUGAUAGUUUAUACACUAUAUUGGAUGAGGUGAAAGAAAGUAUGGUUAACAGUAUCAAGCAGGAACAAGCUCGUAAAUCACAAGAGUUACAGAGUCAGCUUAGCCAAUGUAACAAUGCCCUGGAGAACUCUGAAGAACUACUAGAAUUUGCGACAAGGUCGUUAGAUAUAAAGGAACCUGAAGAAUUUUCAAAGGCUGCCAGACAGAUCAAGGAUAGAGUCACAAUGGCUUCAGCCUUUCGUCUUUCUUUGAAACCAAAGGUCAGUGACAACAUGACUCAUUUAAUGGUGGAUUUCUCUCAGGAAAGACAGAUACUGCAAACAUUGAAGUUUUUGCCAGUCCCCAAAGCUCCAGAGAUAGACCCAGUAGAGUGUAUGGUGGCUGACAACUCUGUAACAGUAGCUUGGAGAAUGCCAGAAGAAGAUAAUAAGAUUGACCAUUUUAUAUUGGAAUAUAGGAAAACUAAUUUUGACGGGCUUCCACGUGUAAAGGAUGAACGAUGCUGGGAGCUAGUUGAUCAUAUUAAGGGUACUGAAUACACAUUAUCAGGCUUAAAAUUUGAUUCUAAGUAUAUGAAUUUCAGAGUGCGAGCUUGUAACAAGGCUGUGGCUGGAGAGUUUUCUGAUCCCGUGACUCUGGAAACCAAAGCACUUAACUUCAAUUUGGAUGGCUCUUCAUCCCAUUUGAACUUGAAAGUUGAAGAUACCUGUGUAGAGUGGGAUCCUACUGGAGGAAAAGGUCAAGACAGUAAAAUUAAAGGAAAAGAGAAUAAGGGCAGAAGUGGUACGCCUUCCCCCAAACGGACAUCUGUAGGCUCCAGGCCACCAGCAGUAAGAGGCAGCAGAGAUCGUUUUACCGGGGAAUCAUAUACAGUGCUGGGAGAUACUGCUAUUGAAAGCGGACAACAUUAUUGGGAGGUCAAGGCCCAGAAGGAUUGUAAAUCCUACAGUGUGGGAGUAGCAUAUAAAACUUUGGGGAAAUUUGACCAAUUGGGAAAGACAAACACUAGUUGGUGUAUCCAUGUCAACAACUGGCUACAAAACACGUUUGCUGCAAAACAUAAUAAUAAAGUCAAAGCUUUGGAUGUUACUGUUCCUGAGAAAAUAGGUGUAUUUUGUGACUUUGAUGGGGGUCAACUUUCUUUCUAUGAUGCAAACUCAAAACAGUUGCUGUAUUCCUUUAAGACAAAAUUUACGCAGCCAGUACUACCUGGUUUCAUGGUUUGGUGUGGUGGACUUUCUUUGAGUACUGGGAUGCAAGUUCCAAGUGCUGUAAGAACCCUUCAGAAAAGUGAAAAUGGAAUGACUGGUUCAACUGGCAGCCUGAACACUGUUGCUCAGUAACGCUGACUCAGACAUGUUUACCCUCCCUCUUGAUUGAGUGGCCUUUUCUGUGCAGUUACUAAUCACAGAAAUUUGUGAAUGGUGGAAAACAGAUUUGCUAUAUUCUGCUUUAAGGCCUGAAAUCUGUUAGCAUUAAGUAUCUAGUAAGCUUUCACAGGAACCUACUGUGCAAUAUCAUAGAAGCAGCAGAUAUCAAGCACUAAACUGAUGUUUUGAAGUAUAAAUGGGAAAAAAGAUGGUGUUGAAAUGUUUAUAUAGAAACUCAUUUUUGUGUUUCUUGGAUUGCUUUGGCUCUUCUAAACGUGUAAUUACAUAUGGUAACUCUGGGGCCUGGGGUGAAAAGCUUUUAAAUCAUGCCUUCUUUCCUCUAUUUCUCUUUUCUGUCUCAUUACUACCUAAUAUUUAGUUCUUUCACUAAAGCUUUAAGAAUAUAUAGUCCUCUAAAGUUUUCUAAAAAGUGAAAUCAUUGUUUGGGGGUGAUAGAAAGUUUUAUUACAGUGGUUUAUUUUUCCCUUUUUAUAAAUUAGUUUUUCUGCAUUAUCUUUUUGUUAACUAACUUGAUUAUAUAACACUUCCCCUUCCAAAAUACCCUUAUUUAUCUUGUGGUUAUAACUCAAAAUAGAGUGGAUAUGAAGAGUUUCUAGACAUAAUAGCUUAAUAUUGUCCAAAUUUCAAUGGCCGGCACUGUGGCUCACUUGGCUAAUCAUCCGCCUGCGGCGCCGGCACAUUGGGUUCUAGUCCCAGUGGGGCACCGCAUUCUGUCCAGGUUGCUCCUCUUCCAGUCCAGCUCUCUGCUGUGGCCCGGGAAGGCAGUGGAGGAUGGCCCAAGUACUUAGGCCCACACCCACAUGGGAGACCAGGAGGAAGCACCUGGCUCCUAGCUUCAGAUUGGUGCAGCACGCAGGCUGUAGCAGCCAUUUGGGGGGUGAACCAAUGGAAAAGGAAGACCUUUCUCUCUGUCUCUCUCUCUCUCUCUAACUCUGCCUGUCAAAAAAAAAAAAAAAAUUGCCCAAAUUUCUAUUUUGUACCUAGUGUACUAACAUAGUGGCAAAGGAAUA